AAGAACACACGUGUGUUCACUGACUGUUGUCAUUUGAAAGCCUGCCGAUGUGGAAGUUGUACUUUGACAUUGUGGGAAAACUGGAUGUGAUACCUAACGACGCUUAGCUGUGUAUGUUUCAGAUUGAUGAUAUUCCAAUAAACCCUACCUAAAUGAGAACAAAGGAAAACUGACAUGGAUCCAAGAGAUCAUCUGUGGCAUAACCAAAGGUCACACACUCCGUCACACUACACAGGGAACCCCCACUAUUUUGGCAGGCCUUUCUCUUGGGAUGUCUAUUACAAUGGAAGGUCAUUACCAAUGCCUGAGCAGCCCAGGGAUGUCUACUACACUGACGCAGAUACAAGGAGCAGGACAUGGGCACAAUAUGAUCCUAGGAUGAUGCACUAUAUCAGCAGUCCAAUACCCAGACACAAUUAUGGAAUUAACACCACAAGAAGACCAUCUUCAAAAACUGACCACUUUACAGAGAUGCCUGAAAAUAGUACUUUUUCCAGACAAAGAGCUAAUUAUUACGAAGCUUUGGAGUUAAGAAGCAAUCAUGCAAGUUAUGAUAGAGAAUAUCACAGGAUGCCAUAUGCAUAUGGAGAUGCUGAGAGAUGGAAUUAUGCUUCCCAAUAUCAAGAAUACACAGAUAACAACCAGGAAACAUAUGAAGAAGUCAGACAUAGACAGGACAAGACGCACUUCUCAUAUAUGGAGCUGGAGCCACUAAGCAUAAACCAGCAUCCAGUGAGAGACCACACUUAUGACAGAAUUGCUGAAGAUAAUUUUGGGAAACAGUCAGAGGAGAGUGCUGAUCACAGCCAGUUAUCCUUUUAUGGGUCUGGACAACUAGCUAACUGUAAGAUUUCUGGGCUGUCUUCAAGCAGUCAUGAACUCAGCCAGUACAUGGAUUCUUCCUACCAAUAUGAUGCCGAGCCAUCAGUGCAAAGUGCAUCCCUACAGCCAGAGUAUGGCAUAAAAUCUGAAUCUGCUUCUUCGUUGAAAUUCUGUCUUCCCCAUGUUGCGGUCAGCUUUGGCCCUGGAGGUCAACUGGUGAGAGUGAACCCACAUAUGCCAAGCGAGGGAGAGCCGGCACUGGUUGAAAUUCAUAGUCUGGAGGUUAUUCUUGUUAGUACUCAAGAACAAGAAGAGAUGAGGCUCUUCCCUGGGCCUUUAUUAAGAGAGGAUCUGCACAAAGUAGAUGUAUUAGCCUUUUGCCAGCACCAAAUCAGAAUUUGUCCAAGCGGUGAUACAAGAAGGGAGGACUCCUGUGUUGCCAUCCUCUGGAAAAUGUUGGAAAUGCUCUGCAGACAAAAUGGGAGAAUUGUAGGUUCAGAUGUUGCUGAGUUACUAAUGAAAGACUGUAAAAAUCCAAGAUACUAUACGAAGGCUGAAACUGUGGAUGAAUCUGGGAGCCUAAUAGACCUAUCAGAUGAGAUGACUAUUCCAGACAGCAUCCAAGAUGGCACAGAUCUACUUACUGGAGAAAGAAAAAGUAGCACAGAAUCAUACUCUGAGUCUCUACAAAGAUAUACCAGGCUACUGCUGUCUGGGAGAAAGAAAGAGGCUCUUGAGGCUGCAAUGGGGAAUGAGCUCUGGGGUCAUGCUUUCUUUUUGGCCAGUAAAAUGGACAGCAGGACAUAUAGCAAUGUACUAAACAGGUUCACCAAUAGUCUGGCCUUGAGUGAUCCUCUUCAGACACUGUUUCAGUUGCUCUCUGGAAGAACACCCAUUGCAUCUACAAACUGUGGACAUGACAGAUGGGGAGACUGGAAACCUCAUCUCGCUAUGAUGCUAUCAAACCAGACCAGUGAUCCUGAAGUUUAUCAGAAAGCCGUUAUUAGUAUGGCAGAUACUCUUGCUUCAAAAGGUUUUAUAAAUUCAGCUCAUUUCUGCUACCUAAUAGCUGGAGUUCCCUAUGGUAAUUAUACUGACAAAUCAGAGAAGAUGGUCCUUUUGGGCAGUAAUCACAAUCUUCCUUUCCUGAAGUUUGCCACCACAUCAGCCAUCCAGCUCACAGAAGUGUUUGAGUACUGCCAACGACUUGGAAAUCCAAGUUUCUCUAUUUCUGCUUUCCAGGUUUACAAAUUUGUAUAUGCCUGCCGACUGCUGGACUACGGACUUGCCUCACAAGCUUUUCACUAUUGCGAGGUUAUUGGCAAGACCAUUGUCGAACAAGAGACAUGUUCACCUGUACUUUUGCAACAAAUCAUUAUGCUAUCCAACAGACUGAAGCUAUCAGACCCUUUGUUUCAUGAACGAUCUGAAUUAGCGCAGGACUUGGAAUCUGAUUGGCUAAAAAGGCUACGGCAAAUGCACGUGCAGUCUCAGGUGGAAGCCCAAAACCAGUGUGGCAAUCGUCAAAGAGAAACUAUUGCUUCUGUUUGUACUGACCAAGAGAUUAGAGUGCAAAAAGAUGAACAUAUAAUUCCUAACACCCAAGACCACUGGCUAGAUGGAGCCUAUCACCACUAUGAUCAUUGGGAUCCUGUUGAGGAGAGUGCUUUCACGAGUCUGACACGUCCAGUGCCUACCUUAUACAACACAAGCUCUAUGUCAUCCAAGAUAACUACUGAACCUUCAGAGUGUGUGCCUUCAAAGGAGUGGAUGACCGAAGACCAAAUGGAGUCCAUGCAUGGCAAGAUUAAUGAUACAGCAGGUGAUGGACUACCUGCAGAUUCAAAUGAAAGCCAAGUUUCUCAAGAGACUGAUACCCUGGAUGGAAAGACACAAAUUAUUACAAAUGAUCCUGAUGAAUCUUUCAGACCUUUGACGAACAAAGAAACUGGCAAAAUGGAUUUGCAAGCCAAUAAGGAGCCCAGGCGUGGCUGGUUUGGCUGGUUUAGAUCUGCAGGCAAACAAAAAACAGAAGCAGCUCAUAAAGAGGUGCCAGGAGACACAACAGCUGAAAAUAAGCAGGACAUUUCUACCUCACAACUGAAUGUCCCGCCGCCUCCUGGACCUAUAAACCAGUAUUCUCCUCCUCCUCCCACCCAAGAUGGAGUGAACCCUUAUUCCAGGAAAGCUAGUUCACUUACAUGAGCUCAAAAACUUUCCAAUUUACUGUAAAACCAUUUGCCCAGUUUCAGGGUCCAAUAAAACUGGGGUCCAUGAUGGACUGACAUCCCAUCCUUGGUUGUUUCCUGAAUUGUCUCCAAUGCAGCUUGGAUAUGAUUUGGUCCUUAUAAUUAUGAAUGGAUUAAACGGGUUCAGUAACAAAAGGGUGGCUGGAUAAAAUCACAGGACAUCUCUACCAGGACUUUCAAGCUGAUGAUCACAGAACUUGAGGAUGGAUACUUCACAUUUCACUUUGGCUGCAUUUCACUGUUAAAGUUGUAAUGCAUGAACACACAAGGCUUUCCAGUGACAAAUCCAAGGAGCCUGGUCUCUCAGCACUCUCAGUAAAGAAAAUCCAGAAACCAACAGUGCUGUUUAAGUAUAGCACACCUAUAUUUUUCCAAGUAAACAGUAUCCACAUGACACAUUAUUCAUCUGAGAUAUAGAUGAAAAGAAAAAAAUAUAUAAUUCAAAUAAUAGUUGUUUUGCUUUUUGGUUUUAUAUUUUCUCACAUUAGUCUUAUAUCAAUUUCAAUUUCUCAAGUAGAACAAGCAGUGUCCUGUGGAAUCCAUAAUAUCUAUUUUCUAUACCCACUGUUUACCACAAAGGUUAUGGGAUUUUGGUGUCUAUAUAAGCAAAAUUGCAUGGAACCAAACUUUAAACAGGGAGUCCGUCCAUCAGGGGUCACACCUUAACUGACCCAUGUAGAGCCAGAUUAGAAUUGCCAGUUCACCUCAUCUCUGAGUCUUUGAGAAGUAGAAGAAACCAGAAUGCCCAAUGAAGAAGUCAUGUAAACAUGGCUGACACUGGGAAACUCCAGUCAGAAAGCACCAGGGUGAGGAAUUGAGCCUAGACCUAGGAGUUGUGAGGCCACAGCGCUAACCACUUCAUCACCAUGGCCUAAUUCUUGAAUAUAUACAUAUUUAUAAUCAUACAGGUAUCUUCCUUAUAAAACAUGGACUAAUCUGUAUCCUUACAUUCUUAAAUUUACUAUGAAUACUCAGGGAUCUAAUCUCUAACUUUCAGGAAUGGCAUUUGUCCAUUUUCUUUUUCUGUCCACAUUCUCCUGACAGAUUAAGUAAAAUCAGGGCCAAAAAAAAUCAUAAAAAACACCUACUGAAUUUAAUUUUCUUUCUAAAGAACCUUCAAGAUAUCCAACUUAAAAAGCAAGGAACUGACAGAUUCAUAAUGAUUGCAAUAAAGCAUCAGAUUAUUUAUGUUACAUUUAAGUGAAAUGUUCUUAGUCAAUAAUGGAGUAAGCAUGUGCUUUAUUACUUACAUUUUUCAUGUAAAAGCAGCAAAGCCUAAUGUUACAAAUGACUGUAAACGGCUAAAAUUUUAAAAACAAGGACAUCAUUGCACCAAUCAACCUCAUUUGGUUGGCUAAAUAUUAACUAAAUCUGAAAUCUGAUUGGGAGGUUUACUUAAAAACUGUCCAUUAAUGUGGAUCCCUAUCAACUUUUUGAGUGAACUUCCAACUUGGUUGUACUAUUUUUGAACUUCUAGAGAUGUUCUCAAUUCAGUAUACAAUAUUUAGCUCAGUGACCCCUCUCAGAUCACCAUGAACAACAUAAAAGCUGUGUUAUUUAAUUAAGGCUGAGAUGGACAUAAAUUAAAUAAUUACAUUUAAAAUACCUUUAAUAUACCAGAAAAGAUUACAACAAGCUUCCUUUUAUAUGAGUCUUGGAGAAGGCCAUAAACAUUUAAUCACAAGAUGCUUUUUCAGACAAUGUAUUUAUUUAUUGAUAAAGUACAGCUUUUCAUGAUU